UUGCCUAAUGAGGAAGCAGCUGCUACGAUAAUGUCAAUGGGUUUUGAACGAAACCAUGUAAUUGCUGCUUUGAAAGCCACUGAAAACAAUUUAGAUUGUGCUCUUGACUGGAUAAUUAGUCAUGGACCAGAAGAGAUAUUACCAACGGAAGAAACAGCAACAAGUAAAAUUUAUAAACGCAGAGAUGGAAAAGGAAUUUAUAAGUUGUUUGCAUUUAUAUCUCACAUGGGCAGUUCUUCCACAGUUGGACAUUAUGUUUGCCAUAUAAAAAAGGAAAAACGUUGGGUAAUAUUCAAUGAUGAAAAAGUAGCAAUUUCUCAAAAUCCCCCAACUGACUUAGGUUACUUAUAUGUUUAUAAAAGAAUGUCUAAUGAUCAGGUUAUGUGAUGUUAUUUUAUUAUAAUAUAUCAUGAAGUAUAAUUUUAA